AUGACAGGCAUAUGCGGUGAAAAGUGCGGAAAGUACAAUGUUUGUUGUGAAGCCGUCUGUUUCGAACGAGCAAAGCUGAUAAACGAGUCGCUCAACACUAGCGUCGAGCCUUGCGACGAUUUCUACUCGUACGCCUGCGGCGGGUGGAUUGAGAAGCACGAAAUACCAGAGGACAAGUCGAGUACCGGGAUCUUCUACCUGCUGCGGGAUGAACUGCAAGAGACUCUGAAGAAUAUAUUAGGAAACAUGACGCUCGUUGAGCAGUGCCAAAAUAUAACGGACAAGCUUGCUGCUGCCUACAAUGCCUGUGUCGAAGUUCCGGCAAAAGAAGAUCAACUUGAAGUUCUGUACAAAAUAAUGAAUCGUUCAGGAUUUGGUCAGUGGCCUAUAGAUCCAGCAGACAAAAAUAUAUCUACCGUUGUAGGAAACUGUACUGAAGUGUUAAAAAACAUUCCUAUUGAAACCUUGCUGCCAUUCUACGUUGAUAGAGAUGUCCAGAACCUCACGUCUUACGUGAUUCAGAUAGACCAAUUAAAUUUUCCAAUGGUGGGCAGGAAUCAGCUAAUUCAUCCCAAUGCGUCAACAAACGUUAAUAUAACAACGGCUUACAAGAAGGUUGUAAGGACGGCGCUGGGACUGAUGAAGCCAAAUUUCAGCGAAGACGUACUAUCUGGGCUCGCUGACACGCUCGUAGAUUUUGAAGGACAGUUGGCCAACCUGACGACACCCCCGGAACAAAGGCGCAACAUCCUGGAUAUUUAUGAAAGAACUACUAUCGGCGAAUUACAAAAGAAUUUCAGUGCGAUUCCACUGCUGCAUAUGCUCAAUAAACAGCUUUCCCUGGUGAACAUUACGUUAACAGAAAACGAAACAGUAGAACUCUACGCUAAGGAGUACUACAGUAAAUUAGACCGAUUCCUCCAAUGCAUUGACUGCAACACUCUAUUCAACUUCGCUGGAUUGCGAGAGAUUCUCGGUUGGGCUGCGCACGCCUCGGAAAGUUUCCGCAAUGCUUCAUUCGAGCUGGACCAAGCGUCUUCUGGAGUCCAAGUCAAGAAGGCCAGAUGGAAGACGUGUGUCGACACAAUGAACCGAAUGAUGCCAGAGAUCGUCGGCUAUCUCUACGUCCUGGAAAAUUUCCGCGAGGAAGCCAAGAAAGAGGUGGAAGACCUCGUCAGCAGGCUCAUGACUACGUUCAACGAAACAAUCCGAAACAGCGACUGGAUGGACAAUAAAACUAAAUAUGCUGCAGAAGACAAGUUGGCAAAAAUGGGUUCGAAAAUUGGAUACCCCAAAUGGCAACUCAACGUAACAUAUCUUGAACAGCUUUACAAACAGGUACCAAACCUGAAUCUGAGCAGUUCCUUCUUGGACAUGUCUUAUUACAUUAGUGAAAACAACUAUAUGCGAAAACUGCUGAUGUUACGACAGCCAUAUGACAAGGAAAAUGUCUGGUUCACAGGAGCCGCAGUUGUGAACGCUUUCUACAGUCCAGAUUCCAACGAAAUGGUGUUUCCUUCGGGUAUACUUCAAGGUGUGUUGUAUCAAUAUGGUCUUCCACGUUCUCUCAGCUUUGGAGCUAUCGGGAUGGUGGUCGGACACGAAAUGACACAUGGCUUCGACGACACAGGAAGCCAGUUUGAUGCAGAUGGCAGGCUGAAGCAAUGGUGGACCAACGAAACACGCACGCAAUUUGAUCAAAAGGCUCAGUGCUUCAUCGACCAGUACGGGAACAUCACCGACGAAGAGGCCAACAGGACGCUGAAUGGGAAAAACACUGUCGGCGAAAACAUUGCCGACAAUGGCGGUAUUCGAAUGGCCUACAAGGCUUAUGAAAGGUUACUGCAAGAAGAAUGUCGUGGGGAAGACACUCGCCUACCUGGGUUAACAAACUUAUCUGGAAAGCAACUAUUCUUUAUUGCAGAAGCAAUGGUAUGGUGCAGUCGGUUUCGUAAAGAGAAGCGACAGUUUCAAAUUCAGUAUGACCCACACAGCCCUGAAAAAUACAGAGCGGGCAAGACAUUCUACUCAAGUGACUGGGCCACACGACCACUUCCAGAAUCUUCUUCCUCGACGUGCUUGUUCAUCAAGUUCGUCUCGACGGUUCCAAAGAACGGCUACGACAAAUUUAUCAAAAGGAAGUGUUUAAAAGGGGUCGUCGUAACACAUCACGCAGCCAAAGCCAACCACGAUGUAGAUCCAGCUAAACGCUGCCAACACUGGUGUUCAGCGAACGAGAGCGCACGUGUUAUUGCACCCCUUUUGCCAUGAAGGCAGAGCUAGUGGCAUCUUCGGAUCACCUGAUUGAAGGGACAUGAAAUUAUCGGUUUUUCCCUGGAGUAGAGAUCUGGAGAAAGCGGCUGAUAUUAAAUCAGGCAGUAUCGUGCCUUUUCAGUGCGUUUCCACAAUGACGUAGCUGUGUGCUCCAACUAUGUGUGUUCGGACACGUCGUGUGAUCAAUGUGCCUGUAAGUAUAAGCAUCCCUAGUUAAAUGGCUGUGCAUGCUCAAAGGUAUCCCCAAUGAAUGCAAAUACCCUUUCAUGCCUACACAAUCAACUACCCAGCUCUAGCUCCUCGCCAACAAGCCACCUUCGUCGUAAAAGAUACGGAUAAAGACGAGGGCGCGCCUAGCCUCCAUGUGACGCCCAGGUAGCGUCGGCCAGCUACACAUUCUCGGAUGCACCGUUGGCAUAAGCUGCAACCCUAUGACGCAUGCUGGUCCUUGCCUCGUUCAGCAACCACAACAAAGAGU